CUCCACUAGACAGCCCAGUUUGGACUGGACUGCCUCUAUCCUUUUUUCCAGGGUUUGAAAAUCUCUAAAGUCUGAAUCUCGUUUGUAGGCUACUUGAUUUUAGGACUAAUUGUGCAUCACAACCGGGUGAACAUGUAGAAAUGGAUUUUAUGAAGCUGUUUGGCACCGUUAUCGCCGUUUUGUUCCACCCUGGAUCCGCGUCUAAAUUAAAUGGACAAAUGAUCUGUCGGCGCGGGACAGAGCGCCCAUGCUACAAGGUGUCCUACAUCCAGGACAGCAGGCGGAGGCUGACCUUUGAGGAGGCCAGGAAGGCCUGCAGGACGGAUGGAGGCGACUUGCUCAGCAUUGAAACAGAAAGCGAGCAGCGACUGAUGGAGAGGUUCAUACAACAGCUGCAGGCUGGAGAUGGAGACUUCUGGAUCGGGCUCCACCGCAGCCCACAGCUCUACAGGGCAGGGACCACAAACCCAGGUUGCCCUUCGCAGUACUAUUGGCUGGAUGGAAGCAAGGCCAAGUUCAGGAACUGGCAUUGGGACGAGCCAUCGUGUGGUGUUGAAAUGUGUGUGGUUCUGUACCACCAGCCCUCUGCACCACCCGACGAAGAAGGUCAUUUCCUGUUCCAGUGGAACGAUGACAACUGUAACUCCAAGAACAACUUUGUCUGCAAAUACCCAGAAGAAAAACAACCAGUAUUUACUGAGAAAUGGAACAAAGCACAUGCAGUUCCAUCUCUGAGGCCAAAUGUGUUCUCAACUACAGAAAGUGCUGAGAGGAUAAAAAUAGGACUAUCUGAGUCAUCAGUAUCUUUCUCAGACAACAACCUGUAUGUUUCCUACAUCCUUUAUGCAACUAUUCCGGCUCUGCUGCUGCUGCUGUUCGCUGCUGCUGGGUUUUUCUGCUACAAACAUCAUGCUAAGAGGAGGAAAACAGAAACAGAAAGCUACCCCAGCAGAUCAAAACCAUGGAUGUCACAAACAGCUUCACCUUAUGCCGUACAAGGACCUUACGCCUUUAGUGACAUUACCAAACUGCCUCACACUGCUCUGGACAGCAGCAUGCCGGCAGACAUCGUGACAAAGUACUCCUGUGCUCCUUCCGAGGACUUCCAGUGUGACGAUUAUGAGAAUGUGUCAUGCGUGAUCAGGGAGAGCGGCUUUGUGACCAAUGACAUCUAUGAGACCUGCAAAGCUCAGAACCGGCAGGCUGGUUGGGUGGAAAAUGAGAUCUAUGGAUAACACUGUUGAUGCCUAACUGAUCUCUGUGAGUGUCUGUCUGCCUCAUACCAGCUAUCGAAUAGGACGCAGUUAGACAGAGGAAUACAUUUUUCUCCACCCCUUUCUUCUUGUACACACUAAUGGUUACUUGUGUUGUGCAGGAUUACUUAACACAUGGCUGUGUCGGCCUGGACUUAGACUUAUAUUCCAAUAACUUCUCACCUGUCUGUAUCUUCAGUUUGGCAUCCUGAGCAUCCAGCAUCCAGUUUGUUAAAUGCUUAAAGCAGGGUUUCCCAAAGUUUUUCACCUGUAAGACAACAUUUAGGCCCCAAACUUCCCAGAACCCCACCAAUAGAGAAUCUGAGCGCGGCAUAUUUUGGAUACAAGAGUAGUAGAUGAGUUGUAUAAAAAGUAUAACAAUUAUAUAACAAGACCUUAAAUCUGCAGCUCUGUGAGGCUUUGCUAAGGCCCAGCAGUGCUUUUAGCUGAAUGCUAACGUCAGCAUGCUAACAUGCUCACAAAGGCCAAUGAAAACAUGUUGAUCUUUAGCAGGCAUUACGUUUACCGUGUUCACCAUCAUAGCUUUGUGCAUUAGCAUGCUAACAAUUGCUUAACAUAGAGUACAGAUGAGGCUGAUGGGAGUGUCAUUUGUUUUGCAGACUUAUGGUUUUAAGUAUUAAAUGAUGUUUAAGCUAGGGGAAGGCAGGAGUAAGGGGAUCCAAUCCGAUAGUUGUUAAGACACUUCAAUCAAAACAACAAAUGCCAACCUUGACGCCAUAACAUUAAUAUGUUUUAUCCUGAGCAAACUCUUUGACAAAUUAUGUAACUUCACUGCAGCACAAAGGCUUUGGUUUCAAAGAAGGAUUCAUGAAUUAAAAUAAGCAUUACUGAGUCAGGUCAGGUAAGCGGUGCAGCAGUGCUGCUAUAUUUGGCACAGUGGAUUUCACUUUUAACCCUGAGAAUUAGUACAAGUUUUGAGGACUCACGCAAGGUUUACUCAUCUUGUAAACAAUCCAAAAUGAAAAAGCCCUUUUCCAAUCACGUCACUAGAUAUUACGAGACACAAGGACAAAACGAUCCUGUUGUCCUAUUCGGGGACUAUUCUCACCCUUACUCUAAACCUGAAGAGUGCUGUCAGCCAAGUGUAAGGUUUCCUGUUUGGACUCUGAUGUCAGGGAACAGGACUGUACAUGCGGAAACACUGAUGACAGAACUCUGCUGACCCCAGUAAACCUCAAAGCUGUGGCCUUUCACCGACUCCACCUGACUGUGGGAAACUCAACCCUUACACAGAUGUGACAGUACAGAGAUUUUUUAGGAGCAACCAGUUUUGAAUAUGUAAUAGAUUCAUUUAACAGUGUUUGCUUUUAAAAGCGUAUGCAUACCUUGUAAAUCUGUAAAAUAAUAGUGGAUAUACAUUGCUGAACACAAAUGCCUGUGUUAUUUCUGAGUGGGCUGCUGGGUCUUGGAAAGAUGUAGCAAGCCCAGUAAGGAGAGGCUGAGCGUGUUCUUGGAGAAUGUUAGACAGGAAAUGCCAAAAGCACAUCUGGAACUCUUACAUUCAGGAAGUCGAUGCGUGACAACCGAGGCCUUCGGUGCGCUGCUCUCCCUGCCCGCUUAGUAAUCCACUGCUAAACUGUCACUGCAUGAGCAGAAGAGAACAACUACUUUGCGCUGAAUCUUAAAACAUGGCAUGAUCUUUGGGAGUCACAUAAAGUUUUGUGGUUUCAUUCCUCAUUUAAUAAUAAUAUGAGUAUAUUCAAAUGUGUUUGUAUUCUUCUAAGUGACAUUAGAUGUGUGUGAAUGAAAAAUGCCUGUUACUAAAGCACAAAACUGACUGUACUGGGAACAGUAUGUGUAGCCUUGCUUCAAUUUUCUAUGUUUUCCAACAGAUGGCGCUGUUAUGUAGCUGACCAACAUGUCUUUGUUGCUUAUAAUAUGUCUAGUUUCACAUACGGUUUUGCUUUGUCACAUUAUAUAAUGUUAUAUGAUAAUAUGUGGGAUUUGUAAUGGCAGUUGCACAUUUUUAUGGAUUAUA